AUGAUAGUGGGAAGUAGACUGUUAGUAUAUGGAUUUAUAAUAGGACUGCAGGUGGGUGUUUAUUGUAGCAAUGGGACUAUUGCCCCUAGAAGUGAUAGCAGUUUGGCCCAAAGAAGAGAUGCUAAAAGGCUAAAAUUAAGUAUGCCAAGUAGGACUUCAGAUAUGGAAAUGGAGAGAGAUAUGGCAGAGGCAUUAAAGAAAAGAACGAGGGAUCAAGAUGGUAUUUAUAGAGCCUUGCAGAUGGUAUGGGUGCCUUCUAGUGAGCAAAAGGCUGCAGCGACUGAUGUGCUGGCUCUAACAAAUUAUCUGAAGCUUGAUUAUGAUGCGUCGAAGAAAAGAUGGCAUAUUUUGGUUUCGGGUGUGGUUACUAUACACUUCCCAGAUAGCUGGACAAACAAAGAGUAUAGGAUGUUUGCGGACGGUAUGAGGCCUGUUAGUCUAAUCAAAGGAGACUUAGUUGUUCAGAAUUUAGAUUGUGGUUCGGAUUUGUUGGGGAAUGGUUUGUUAGUGUGCUUCUUGCGCGCUAUUAAUCCGUCGGAAGGGUCGCAUCGACGAAUAGGGAUAAACUUGAACUUAAAGGAUGACAACACCAUGUUAAUCACAAAUUGCGGCAGAUUGUUAGAGAAAAAUCAUUUGGAGAAGUUGACUGGUGAUACUGAGAUAAAAGUUGGGAAGAUUAGUAAAGAUGGACACUUUAUAUUGGCUCUCCUGGCAUUUUAUGUGCCUAACCUGGUAUUGGACGAAAAGCUAAGCGAGAUCAAGUUUGAUAAAUUCAUAGGUUACUGGAAAAUGUAUGAGGACAAAUACAGACUUCAUAAAGUUAUAGACAGCGAGCGAAUAACUAACACCAUGAAGAUGGUGAGGAUUGUGAACCAGAUGGCAGACCAAUCCAAGCGUUCUAAGCCAAGACUAACCCAAUCCAAGACCAACCCAAUCUUAACUCAAUCCUAA